UUCAUCCCAUGGAACGGGAAGAACGUUUUAACAUUUUGAGUCCACAUUUCGACGCUCUAUCAUUGCUAAAUGAAUCUAAUAAUGUAGUUUUUGACCCUAUAAAGGAUCGUUUCUAUUCAGCAUUGCUAGAUAGCAUUUCUGAAGAGGCUCUUCACCGGAAAAUAUGGGAGCUUAGGGACUCCCGACUGUCAAUUGGACGAUUAUCGCAUGCUCGUUUUCUUCUUCCAUGGUCAUUUCAGCCUGUCAGUAGUUUUAGCGAUGAAUCUUCGACAAAUACUGAAUCCCCUUCCAUUGUUCGUCGAAAUCGUUUGAAGAAUGAUCUUCACAUAUUUGUGGAACGUUCAAAGGGCGAGGCUGAGUUAUCGAAACGUCUUUUGGAGCUCCGUCUUACUGGGUACACAGUAACUCGGAACGGGUGCUAUAAUUUUUUGCGUUUGGCUUAUGCUGCAGAUAGGUAUAUUACGGCCAAUGUAAGGACAUCAUCUGGCAACACAUGUGUGCAAUAUCGUGGUCGUUUAAUGUUUUUUGACCGUGAUUCUAACGUAAUACUUAGUGAUGUGAAAGUAGAAGAGGGGGGCAAUUUGCCUUUUAUCUACAUCAGUGGAUCUAACGUUGUUAGCUUUCUGUGCGAUUGAAUAUACGUGAAUUUUCCUUGAUGAAUGCUCUAAUAUCAGGUGGCAGGAUGAGGAAAAGUGUUUUGG